AAGAUGAGUGACUCGGUGUUCAUCGAGUGGAGGAGCUGAGCAGAGGAGUUUGGGAAGUGUUUGGUGGCUUCUCAGAUUCUGUUCCUUUGUGAGAGAGAGAGAGAGAGAGAGAGAUGACGGUAGCAGCAGGAAUCGGUUACGCUCUGGUAGCGUUAGGGCCCUCUCUCUCCCUCUUCAUUUCCGUCAUUUCCAAAAAGCCCUUCCUCAUUCUCACUGUUCUCUCCAGUACACUGUUGUGGCUUAUUAGUUUGAUUGUGCUGUCUGGAAUAUGGAGGGGGUUUUUGCCCCUCAAUACAACCUCUUGGUGGCCUUUUGGAAUUCUUAUAUUCUCAUGUGUUGCUUUUCAAGAAGCUCUGAGGCUGUUCUUCUGGAAAGUAUACAAGAAGUUAGAAGACAUGUUAGAUGCCUUUGCUGACAGAGUAUCAAAACCACAUCUUCUCCUGACAGAUAAGAUGCUGAUUGCUCUGGCUGGUGGGUUGGGCCAUGGUGUUGCCCAUGCCGUGUUCUUCUGCAUCAGCCUAUUAACUCCUGCAUUUGGUCCAGCAACAUAUUUUGUUGACAGGUGUUCAAAAGUUCCAUUUUUUCUUCUUUAUGCAACUAUUGCUCUUGCAUUUGUCACAAUCCACACAUUCUCAAUGGUCAUAGCAUUUAAUGGAUACACAGAGGGGAACAAAGUGGAUACAUAUUUCGUUCCCAUUGUUCACAUUGUUGCAGGAAUGGUGACACUGGUGAAUUUGGCUCCUGGUGGUUGCGCUGUUGGCAUUCCUCUUCUUUAUUUCACUGCUAUCUUGACCUUGGUUCAUUGUGGGAGGAUGGUUUGGAGAAGAUUGACAGAAAACCCAAUCAGACCAGGUCACUCAUAGUAAUUGAUGAUUUUUGUAAAAAGUCGCCCUAUACUUGCUUAUUGCUCACUAUACCUGUUGGAAUACGGAAGAUAGCAGAAGUUAUAUUGCACAAAAGGUGUUACCUUGACUUGAUGCUCCCAUCCUAUAAUAUGCGGGGCUCAAAGUCACCUUUCUUUCAUAUUUGGCAGUUUUACUUAUCGUCAUUGUAAUUAGGUUCAUUCAAAUUUUGGUUGCAGAAGCCAGUUUGUUAAAGUAUUGGCCGUUUAGUAUCUAGAAAAUGGAAGUCUACCAGAUUAAGAACA